UCAUCGAUCAGUGUAGAGUGUUCGUAUUGUUGCUCCGUGGUUUUUGGUGGUUUUUCUACCGGGCCGCGGGUCUUUAAUUGGUUUUUAAUCGUAAAUAGUGGGACCUGUAAGGCUCGAAAGGGCCCAACACAAAAGGAUUCAAUAUGCAACCAAGGAUAUAUUGGGUUUUAGCGAGCGCAUUUCUCAUUCUCGCAGGAUGCAACGCCGCUACUGAGAAGGAACAGACUACAAGUGACAAAUCGGCGGGGAACUCGCCUUACAUAGAUGAUCUCUACCUAGACGACCAGGAAGCCUUGGAAGGUUCCGGUCGAGGGGGUGGUGAAGUACGCGACGAUCUCGAGGCGUCAGGCAGUGGGCUUGGGCCCGAUGACGAAGAUGGUGACGACGGCGGUCACGAUUUUAAUCAACAUAAUACACUAGAGACGACACCUAAGAAAGUACCGGAACCUAGUGUACCACACAUUGAUGAAAACAUAUCACCUAAGACAAAACAGAAUAUCCCAGAUACUGUGCCUAAAACGGACAACGCAGUUGACAAUUUCGACUCGCCAUCUGACAUUGACGAAGACAUGGAAGACUCUCAUGACAUCGGUGUUCAUAUGAACCCCAAGACAGUGGACCGGGCCAGUUCCUUCUUCACGCAGCCAGGAGUACUUGCCGCUGUAAUCGGUGGAGCGGUUGUUGGACUGCUGUGCGCAAUUUUGGUGGUGAUGUUCAUCGUCUACAGGAUGCGCAAGAAGGACGAGGGUUCGUACGCUCUCGACGAACCGAGGAGAUCACCGGCGACGCAGUCAUAUCCAAAACCUGGGGCACCACACCACAAUCGUGAAUUCUACGCUUGAGGUACUUUAGCUCAGGCCACCGGCAAAUCCUUGCGUCCCACGAAAUCACCUCAAGACCGUCACUGAUCGACCAAAAAUUUAUCGAUGAUUGCAAACGUGGAUCGCAGAGAGAAACACUUAUCGAUCAGCAAAAGUGAGAGAGAGAGAAAGAGAGAGAGCAAACAUUCAGUGAGCCAUCAACUAAGCCUGCAGGAUAGGACGAGUGUCAACAAUUUUCUCUCAAACACAUCUUUCCAAUUUUCCCCUUUUCAUCGAGUUUCGGCGACGAAUCUUUUAAUUCGUCCGCCUAAUUGCUCCGUUUUUUUUAUCUCUUCCUCAGUGUCCUUGAAACUGGAAGUCGGACUUUUAAAUUCGACGACCGCUGGACACGGUCAGAUUGCUUCAGAUUCUUUUGGAAUUCCAAGUUUGACACUCGUCCCAAUCGGGCAUUGUCGACAUUUUUAUUGACAAAAAAAAAAGAUGAACAAAUUUCUAAUGUAGUGUCCACACGUCUGUGUAUAGUAUCCGAACAACUAUCGUGGUCGAUUGGCCAUCUUGCUCCUUGUGGAGGAAGGGACGAAAUUCGAUUUUUUUUUAAAUCCAUGACUCUCUUUUCUCAAAUUUUUGUCGUCGAGUUUUUUCCAACUAUCGUCGAUUCCUUGGAACGUUCCGACGAAAAAUUCUUUAAUGAAAGAAAAAUUUGUACUGGAAAGAAAAGUUUGAUUUUGUGAAAAUUAUCAGAAGCGUUGUUUAUUGCUUCUUUUUCUUUUACACAUUGCAGACUCGAUUCGUCUUGUAAAUAUAGGGCGGUGAAUCGAUUAAUUAUUAUUUCUCCAUUUUUCUUGUCACGAAUCGAGAGUGACAAAAUUAAAUCGAAUUCGUCCCUCUUUCUACCUCGAUGUGAAAUCGUAAUGCAAUUGCGUCUAAGUGGCAAAGUAAUGUUUAUUAAGGGGAGAAUUUGAGAUUAAAAAAAAAAACUAUAUUGCGUUGAAAUUGCUGUAGAUUUGGGGCGAAAGGAAGUUGUGUUUUUUCGCGCCCCGGAAGUAACGCACACGGGUCUUGACUGACUGACAAUGAGUUUGCCAUAUAUUAUUUAAAGGAAAACAAAAGCUAUAUCCAUUCCGUGAUUCUGUCUCGUCCGGUAUAUUUAUUAUUAUUAUUAUUAUUAUUAUUAUUGGAUCGCGGAGUGUCCUAUUAUUUAUUACAGACUCGGUCGAUUUUUUGCUUCUUCUCCCUACCUUCCUUCCGCUAGAAGUCAUACUAUUUUUCUAAACUCUCCGAAUCUACAGAGAAAGGCAACUGAAAAACCCAAGUCUUAUAUAUAUUAUUAAAUAUUUAUGUUGAUCCCUCUGCGUGAAACGUGGAGUUUCUUUUAUUUGGACGCAGAAACACUGCGAAUGCGAUAGAACGACACGUUGAAAAAAAUAAUUCAAAAAAAAGAUAUCAAGCCGAUACUGCCAUGUUAUAACGUAAGGAACAACAAAUUUGGUAAAUGAAAAUUUCACGAGUCCGCCUUAUUCGCUAUGAGAACAACCUUUUCAUCUCCAUUUACAAAUCAUAUUAGUGUCAUCAUCAUUGUCAUCAUAAACAUCAUUCUCAUCAUUAAUCAUUAAUCAUUAAUCAUUAAUCAUUAAUUCUUCGUCUCUGUCGUUUGUACGUAGUAGAAAAAAAAAUAUUUCCUUUUGUUUCUCUUUUUAUAAAAUCGACUCUAUUUUUUAAGUCUCAAGAAUUUUUUGACCGAAAUUAAUUUCUUUCUUCUUGUUUAAAAACAUUCCAUCUUGUGUUUGUUUGAUCGUUUAGAGUCAAUUUUCGUAAAUGGCAAAAUAACAUUUUUAAUCCUCUUUUUUCUACGAUUGUCUACGAUUAAUAAAAAAAGGGGAAUUCGAAAGCGCAAGAUUAGUAAUUAUUUUUUUCUUUUUUGUUAGGGGGAAAGUUUACUCGGUAAUUUUUGAAUCGGUGCGAUACUUUCUAAGUGAUUCUAUUUUCACCACAUAAUGAAAAAAGAUUUAAAAAUAAAAAAUAGAAUUUGCAUCGCUUCUUUUGCUAGAAAAUAACAAAUAGGUAAACAACAUUUUUCCGGGAUUAUUUUUACUUUUGAGGAUAAAAUAAAUUUUUGAGGAAUUGCAAAUGAGGAAAAAGAGAGGUCAAGAGAAAGAUCUUUUCGGAAUCAUUCCAAAUCAAUUGGAGUGAUUUCUAAAGUGAGAAAAUUUUGUUCUGAAUUUCAAGAGUUCUUGCCUGAAACUAGGCAAAUCUUUACUCGUCGUGUCGUUUUAUAACGGUCCCCCUAUUGUAACUAUAAACUAACAUUGGCGAAUAGGUAUGUCGUUAUCAUCCAAAUGUGGCUCAUUUCUCACCAUUGGUCUUCGACAAAAAAUUAUGUUUAGGAAAGUAUUGCUUACUUUAUGGAUUCAUUUUGAAUUA